GCAGCAAUAAAUAAUAGCUUAGAAACGGCUGAGCUUCUUAUUUCACACGGCGCAAAUGUCGAUGAAAAAGAUAAUGAUGGACAAACCUCUCUUCAAGCUGCAGCAAGAAAUAAUAGCUUAGAAACGGCCGAACUUCUUAUUUCACACGGCGCAAAUGUCGAUGAAAAAGAUAAUGAUGGACAAACCUCUCUUCAAGCUGCAGCAAUAAAUGAUAGCUUAGAAACGGCCGAACUUCUUAUUUCACAUGGUGCAAAUGUCGAUGAAAAAGAUAACUAUGGAGACACCGCUCUUCAUUAUGCAGCAAUGAAUAAUAGCUUAGAAACGGCCGAACUUCUUAUUUCUCAUGGUGCAAAUGUCGAUGAAAAAGAUAUCGAAGAAGUCACAGCUCUUCAUGCUGCAGCAAUAAAUAAUAACAAAGAAACGGCCGAGCUUCUUAUUUCACAUGGUGCAAAUGUCGAUGAAAAAGAUAAUGAUGGACAAACCUCUCUUCAUUAUGCAGCAAUAAAUGAUAGCUUAGAAGCGGCCGAGCUUCUUAUUUCACAUGGUGCAAAUGUCGAUGAAAAAGAUGACUAUGGAGACACCGCUCUUCAUUAUGCAGCAAGAAAUAAUAGCUUAGAAACGGCCGAACUUCUUAUUUCUCAUGGUGCAAAUGUCAAUGAAAAAGAUAACUAUGGAGACACCGCUCUUCAUUAUGCAGCGAUGAAGAAUAGCAAAGAAACGGCCGAACUUCUUAUUUCUCAUGGUGCAAAUGUCGAUGAAAAAGAUGACUAUGGAGACACCGCUCUUCAUUAUGCAGCAAGAAAUAAUAGCUUAGAAACGGCCGAACUUCUUAUUUCUCAUGGUGCAAAUGUCAAUGAAAAAGAUAACUAUGGAGACACCGCUCUUCAUUAUGCAGCGAUGAAGAAUAG